AUGCCAGCCGCCUCACCGCUUGCAUCAAGAAUAUCAAAGUUGCAGGAUGCCGGGAUGUUCUGCACCAUAGACAUCGAUAGGCUCGGGUACGGCUCAUUCACAGUCUUGAUGGCUGCAGAUCUCAAUCCCGCAGUGAAGAGUGCAAAAAAACUCAGAUCAAGCAUCGACUUGCUCAUGGCCGAGUCAAGGUCAGACGGGAUCAAGGCACACAUCGAAAUCAUCAUGCUGUAUACAAAAGGAUACAUGGAGGAAAGUAAGACAAGCAGUGCAGUGCAUACAAUCAAGAUGUGGAAAGGCCUCGCAAAGUACGUUUCGUCAGUCAUCGAGAUGCUUGGCGAUGACGAUGUUGUCGGAUUCAUCAAGCUUGUACUCUUCAACAUCAGGUUCCAUUAUAUGUUUCUAGAGGCUUCGCUGAUCAUCAAACAGAGCCACAAAGGCAUAAACCACGAAGGAACACUACUCUACUUUCUCAACGAAUACACAGGCAUGCACGAGAUGCUUUCUUCUGCAGGAUCACUGCAGCUUGCUGUUGUUCAGCUUUGUGAUCUCGAAGAGCUGAUGAGAAACAAAAUAAAUUCAAUAUAA